AAACUCCACUUCAGCUCUUGCACAGGCACAGCUACUCGGUUUCCUCCAACCAGGGAGGAGAGAGACACACCAGCCCUUUUCUUAGCUCAUUCCCAACGUGGAAAAAGGACAGGAAAGAUACCAUAUCAAAUCAGCAGAUUCCAGCAAAUCAUCUACGGAUCAUUUUCCAUGCCGAAUGCGUGUUAAAGAGCGCGCUCAGUGCGGCACACAUCAUCAGGCUGUGCUUUAUUGCCAUAGCAGCAGCGCGAGCUGCCUGUAGCUGGCACAGGAGCUAGCGACGAAACAAAGGAAACACUCACUAAAUAUACACGUCUACUGAGCAAACUGCUUCCCUGUUCUUUAAGGAGGAGAAGGCAAGACCUCGAAGACCAAAACUGACAUGAUGUUUCCACAAUCCAGGCACUCGGCUUCAUCGCAGCAGCUGAAGUUCACAACGUCAGACUCGUGCGACCGCAUCAAGGACGAGUUCCAGUUCCUUCAAGCACAAUACCACAGUCUGAAGCUCGAAUGUGACAAGCUGGCCAGUGAGAAGUCAGAAAUGCAACGUCAUUAUAUCAUGUACUAUGAGAUGUCCUAUGGGCUGAAUAUCGAAAUGCACAAGCAGGCAGAGAUCGUGAAGAGAUUAAAUGGGAUCUGUGCUCAAGUCUUGCCUUACCUGUCUCAAGAGCACCAGCAGCAGGUUCUGGGGGCGAUAGAGAGAGCCAAACAGGUCACCCCACCAGAGAUGAACUCCAUCAUACGGCAGCUCCAGGCUCACCAGCUCUCUCAGCUGCAGGGGCUGGCACUGCCCAUGACCCCUCUCCCUCUGGGUCUCAGCCAACCGGCCGGCCUCCCCGCCGUCACCUCCAGCUCCGGCCUCUUCUCCCUCUCCAGCAUCCUGGCCUCUCAGGCCCAGCUGGCCAAGGAGGACAAGAGCACACGCGAGACCUCCGACAGCCACCGCGAGGAAGACGGAGACAAGUCCGACUAGUUGCCCCGCCGCCAAACCCGUUCCUUCGUCCAGUCAUCAUCCAGAGCUCAACGUAGAGCAGAGCCACUUGUUUCCCUUUUUCUUAUCCUUAAUUUUCCACUCUUUUUCCAUCUUUCUAUCUUCCCUCUAAAUUCCUACUGUGUUCACAUGCCUAACGUCAUUCGUUCUGGUUCAUUCCCGCAGCUUUCUAUAUGUAUUUAUACCAAUCCACCUUUUUAUUGUGUUACUGAUGCUUGAUUUGAUUUUCUUUACACUAUGUCUUGCCUGCGUGUAUAUAUAUAUCUAUAUAUAUAUAUAAUUGUAUAUUUCUUAUGCUAGUUGUGGAAAUGGUCUACAAAAUGGUGCAACCGUUAAUGGACCAUCGACCCUUCGGUAAUAAUUCCUUUUUUUGUUUUUUUCCCCCCGCUCACUCUCUUCCUCUUAAAAUCUUUCACCUUUUAAAGCUACAAUCUACAAUAACUGAGUCAAAAGCACUUUGGCCCUAGGCAGUAACUCUGAGACUAAAAGCAACUUUGCAUCUAAAAACUUAGCCGCAGCAUAAUCCAUUUAGAGUUUAAAGGAUCGGUGUUAUUUCUCGAAGGCACGGCUGUUGCAUCUAUCCUACCUUAAAGGGAUAGUUCAAGUAAAAAUGAGGUUUUAUUUUUAUGUUGUUCCAAAAUUAUUUUACCUACAGUCUUCUGUGGAAUACAAAAGGAGACGUUUUGAAGAAUGUUCACACUGCUCCUUUCCAUACAAUGAAUGGGGAGAGACAAAAAAUCCUAGUCCAUGUGACUUGUGUACUAAAUUUGAAUUGUUCUGAAGCCAUUUGUGUGUAAAACUAAAAUUUAAGAUGUUAUUCACUGGAAAUGUUGCUUGAUAGCGUCACCAUUUAUUGUUUUAUUUUAUUUUUUGUAUGGAAAAGAGUGUGUAUUCCACAGAAAACAUACGUUUAUUUUGUACUUAAUAAAAGAAUGUCAUACAGAUGACAUGAGAGCGAGUAAAUGAUGAUCAAAUCUUGUUUCAAACCUGUUU